AUGGAUUCUAAAUCUUUCAGUAGUUUUAGAAAAGGAAGAAAAUUGUUAGCUGAAAAGAAAAGACGAAAUCGAAUAAAUGAAUAUUUAAACCAGAUUAAAAGUUUGCUAACUGAAGAUCAAAAUGUAAAGACAGAUCUUGGUGAAAAUAAAAUGGAGAAAGUUGAAAUUUUAGAAUCUGCUGUUGAAUUUAUCAAGAAGACUAAAUAUUCACCAGACGUAAAAGAUACCAGAGAAAAUCAAACUAUAUUUAAAACAGGAUUCUCAAGAUGUGUACAAGAAAUGAUGUGUUUUUUAAAUGGUGUAACAGAAAUAUCAGACAAUGUAAAAUAUCAUCUAGUACAACAUGUAACUAGAAAUAUUCAACCAACACAAAAUAACAAAAACUAUGUUCAAUAUCCAACAACUACUUACCAAUAUAUUAACUUACCAGAGUACAGAAGAUAUAAUUCUUCACUAGCUGUUCCUAUUGAUAUUUCAACUGAACAUGCUCAAACUAUUGACGUCAAUAAUAACAUCAAUAUUGCUUGGAGACCUUGGUAA